UUAAACGAGGGGCCGGACCGGAUGUUGGGCACGCAGCCUUCAGAUGGGCUUUGAGGAAAUGUGGGUCUUUAACCGACAAACAAUAGCUGUCUUGCAAAUCGCAUUAGCGUAGGUCAUUUUUUUUACUGCGUUUCUGGAAACGCACGAAGUAAGAAAGGCUUCUUAACAAAGUUGUCAUACCCCACCGAAAGCCAAACAGCGGCGACGAAGCAUAUGUAGACAUCCUGCCUGCUCCCAAACUCCCGACUCAAUCAUUUUGAGGUCAGUGAUAUUGGCUGACGGACCGUGUAAACGGGGCUUGUAAAAGGAUCCAGCGUGGUAGGACUUAGUGUAUAGAAAGGAGCCUGAUAAGCUCUCCAGGCUCCUCAGCCAUGGCUCCACUAACCUACCUAAAGAGCCUCUUCAUCCUGCAGUUGCUAAUGGGCUUUGUGUUUGUGGUGAGUGGUCUCAUCAUAAACUUCAUUCAGCUCUGCACCUGUAUUCUCUGGCCAAUCAACAAGCAGCUCUAUCGCAGAAUCAACUGCCGGCUCUCUUACUCUCUCUGGAGUCAGCUGGUGAUGCUGCUGGAAUGGUGGUCCGGCACAGAUUGCACCCUCUACACUGAACAGUCUACAGUGGACAUGUUUGGCAAAGAGCAUGUCAUUGUCAUCCUGAACCACAACUUUGAGAUCGACUUCCUGUGUGGCUGGACCAUGUGUGAACGAUUUGGUAUCUUAGGGAGUUCAAAAGUGCUAGCCAAACACGAGCUUCUGAAAGUUCCUCUGAUUGGCUGGACCUGGUACUUCUUAGAAAUCGUGUUUUGCAAAAGAAAGUGGGAGGAGGACCGAAAGACUGUCUUUAAAGGAUUGACCAGGCUCAAAGAUUAUCCUGAAUGUAUGUGGUUUCUGUUGUACUGUGAGGGGACUCGCUUUACAGAGGAAAAGCACCAAAUCAGCAUGCAGGUUGCAGAGAGUAAAGGCCUGCCCCAGCUCAAAUACCACCUGCUGCCCCGAACAAAAGGAUUCACCACCACACUAUCGUGUCUUAAGGGCACAGUUUCUGCCGUGUAUGAUGUGACUCUCAACUUCAAAGACAACCAAACUCCUACUCUUUUGGGUAUUGUCAAUGGCAAGCAAUACAAAGCUGACAUGAGUGUAAGGCGGUUCCCUGUGGAGGAUAUACCAGAUGAUGAGAAAGAGUGUGCAAAUUGGCUGCACAAGCUCUACCAGGAGAAGGAUGCCUUGCAGGAAUAUUACAACAAGGAAGGCAAGUUCCCUGGACCCACAAUUAUCCCACGUCGCAGACUUUGGACACUAUUGAACUUCCUCUUUUGGGCCACCCUGCUCCUUUCACCCCUCAUCAACUUUGCUUGUGGAGUUGUAGUUAGUGGCUCCCCCCUCCUCAUUAUUGGCUUUAUCAUCUUCCUCUUCAUUGCCUCCAUAGCUAUCCGUCGACUCAUAGGGGUCACAGAGGUGAAGAAAACAGGUUCCAGUUAUGGCAACCAGGGCGCCAAGAAACAAAACUGAUCUUCUGAGCUUCAUCCUCUGCCUUUGUAUGAUCAUCCUGCGGUGUCUAAUUCCUGCCCAAGUCUAUUCUCCCCCCGAUAUUGAGUCAGUAGGCAGGCCGGGGAGGACACCCAGCUGUGAAAACACAAUACAGGCCAGACUUAGGAAUCAUAAUGGCCCUAGAGUGAGAGAGAGCAUACAAGGUCAUGGUUUUAAGCUCUCUGGUGUAACACAGAAUAUUAAAAAGGGGAAAAUACCAUCUUCCCCGUUUCUUUCUUAAUCUUGCUAGAGACUCCCUGUCUCCAUCCAAAUCUCAUUAAUUCCUGGUAAAAAAUCCAUAGCUAGACUUCUAACCUGUUCAAGGACACAAGAACAGCAAGCAGUCCAUUUUCUGCUCUGAGCUACCUACCUCCACUUCCUGUCACAGUCAUAAACCAUUCAGAGACUGCUGACAUGCUCAUUUAUUUUGCCUGUCGGACACAAGCUGAUCCAUAUUUCAAACCAUAACCUCCAUCCAGGGGCAGUGCAUUUUUUUUAAAAACCUUUAGUAUGCUGGACAUCUCCUUCCCUUUUUUUCCAUAGUGGUACUUGCAAUGGGAAACGGUGAUUUAGGGCCAUUUGGAAUCCUCAGUGUAAAAGGGCGGAUUAACCCUAAAUUGCAAAACAGUUUCCAGCUAACGCCUUGAUGACUGGCCUGGCAGAUAGUUGGGGUUAUAAUAUCACAGGAUCUGAAAGGCACCAAUGACACUCCAAUACAUGGUAGGGGGAAAAAGUUGUCCAAGGUGUUCAAAUCAUUGUCACAGAACAGCAGUGUGUUUUUACAGAAACAAUAUCUCAAGAUAAUUUCAGUUUUCACCAGUAACUAUAUGGUGCUUGUAAAGCAACAGUAUAGGCUAACCAUUCUGACAUAAUUGGGUUAUGUGAGUUGUAAGCACACGAGUGGUGGUAAGAGUACUUUUUGAAUGCAUUUUUAGCACCACCUGUAAACUUCAACUGCAAUGUGUCUGAGCAAGACUGAUUUUUGUGUUUUUUUUGCAAUCUUGGUGAACUGACCUCUUGACAUUUUGGUUUGGAGAGCCAGGAUUCUGUUUAGCUAAUGUUAAUGCUCAGAAUGUGAAAUCUGCCCUCAUCAAGGGCAGAUGGUAGUUAUUACCAUCUGUUACAGGUUUCAUUUGUAGCCUGCAGCACCGACACCCACAGACUCACCUUGACACAUUUAAAUUAUUUUUCCAAUUCAUCUACUUUGAUUUGCACUUGCUUUUCCUAAAAACAGAUUUUCAUCCACGCAAACGACAGAAUUCCAAUGCAUACCCCGAAGCAGUUUAACCUUCCGCCCAACCUCUGAUCAUAUUUGAAAUGCAGCAGUCAUUACUUAGGAUAAGACUGUGCUGCUCCUGUAAUUCAAUAGCAGUUCAACAGAUUCCAGACUAGACAUCAAUUUUCUUUAUGUAGCCUCCAAACAGUUAGCAUAUCCUUUGCUGUCUAGAUUUUGACUGUAGAUGUGGAUGUUUUGACCUUUGCCUUAAAUCAAGCUUGCUCAGGCAAGGGAUUGUUUAGUUGCCACCCCUUUAAAAACAGCACCCACUCCUUACCUCUAGUUUGACUUUUUAAUCUUCACUCCCCUCCUCCCAUUACAGCUCAAAAUGAAGCGUUAAACAUUUUUUUGGAUUGAUAAACAUUUUUAAAACAACAAACAAACUUUACUUUUGAAAAUCAUUGUGUUAAAUUGGUUGUUCUAAUUGCACAUUGUCAUUCUUUAGAGAAAGCAGUUUACACAAAAUGUGCACAAAGCAAUGUUUCGCUAUAUGUCCUAGCCAUAUUUUGGUGCAACCAACUCCAAGCCAUUUCACAAUUACAGUUUUUUUUUUUUCAAACUGCAGCAAAACAUACUCUUGAAUCUGCAGAACAUAAUUAAAUAGUUUGUCAAUGUGACGCAGCACAUUUCCUGGUCCCAAAUGCAAACAAUGGUAGCAAGAUAUGGAGCGGGUAUUUUGUCUGUCUCUUCCUCCCCUCCACAUUACUUGCCAUAUAUUGUAUUCAUCAAAAAAAUUGUUUGAUUUGUUAAACAUUUUUGUAGAUCGUCACUCCUCUUCAGCAAUAUUUAGUGUACAUCCUCCUACAGUUGUCUCGAGACAGAUUUCAUGCAAGCCUUAAUAGACAGUGCUGCUUAAUUUUGUGUGAAAAUGUAGAAGCUCACUGAGCCCAUGAGGUAGUGAUGGAGUGAAAAUGUCUUCAGCUUUAGCAAGAAAUUUGCUGGGAUUAGUUGCCAAUUAUCUUGUGUUAAAGUUUAAAAUUGAGAAUUGAACAGGAUUAAUAAAGAGGUAGUCUGCUCUGAUCUAUAAAGAGCUCUAUUAGUAAUUCAUUUCAAUUUUUAGACAAUUAAACACUGAGUUGCUUUACCUCAAAAAAUGAUUUUAGAGACUCAUCACCUGUUAUCUGUUUGUUUUUUCUUUGAAACCAACAUCCAGCAGCAGAUGUGUAUGCAGUCCAACUCAUCUUGUCAAUAAAAAUCAUAUUCCAAAACAGGAAGAAUUCUGAGGAGGUAAAUCAAGUAUUUGGACAUUUUUCCACUGGUUUUUGUUUCAUUUCAUUAUUUUUUUUUUUCAGAAAAUAAAUACAAACGUAACUUGAACGUGUUUUUCAAAUCCAAUGACAUCAAAAAUUGACUCAUGUCCUUUUUUAAAUCUCAAUGACACUUCAGUUAAUGGAACCUCAAUUCAAAUUUUGUUUUAUUUUCUAAGGCUAUUUUUAUGUUUUCAUCAACUAAACACGAGAUUAUUAAAGGAUUUAAUCACA